AGUAAAAUAGUUAUUUUCAAGGACUCCUAUAAAAUGCAAAUGAAUCAGGUGAUUUACAUUGCUCUGAUGUCGAGCUUUUUCCUAUCAAGUGCUUCUGCUAUGUUUAAAUCAGGAGCUCAAGAAGCUGGCUGGGAAGCGGUUUACAACCUGAUUGACACUAGAGGAAAAGGAUAUAUAACAAUCGAUGAUCUGCCAAAAUUUUUCAAGUCUGAGCAUGGCAUCCAAUUUAAUGGAAACGCCAGAGAAGGAAUUACCAACCUGGUCAGAAGUAAGGGGGGGAAAUUAUAUAAAAACCAGUUCAUUGAAUACCUCAGGAGCAGAGGCCAGCAAAUUACCACUUUGAAAGCUUUACAAAAUGCCUUUCCUGGAAAAUCUAGUGUUUUGGGAAGUGAUUUGAACAAAAAGUUCAAAUUAGAAGGAAGCACAGUCCUCCAAUUUCAUGCCAACGAAUAUUACGGACUACAAGAAGCUGCUAAUAUGAUCGAUGACCUCAUGAAAUAAUAAAACGGAUGAUCGACUAACAUACUAUGAUCAGAGAAUCGAUACUAUAUAUCAAGUAAUAUGAUAGAUUGGUUAUUCUAAGUUAUGAUAUACAUUAUACUUCUUAAAUAAUAUACUUUUACUAUUAUUCGAUGACCUUGAUGUAACGACACUUAGGCAAUCGUAUGUUGUUAAAACCAACUUGCACCUUAAUGAAAAUUUCCGACAUCUUGAGAUCAGAAGAGCAUACCUUACCUUCAAGGAUCAAGACCCGUUUAUUGUCAGAACAUCAAAAACAAUAAUGCAAGACAUCGUCAAAAAAAUAUACAAACAAUCACAGAUUAACAAUAUACCACAGGUCAUAAAAUCACAUCACAUUAUUAAGUAUUUCAAACUGUAAGGUUAGCAGUCAAUUAAAACAAAUUUAACAUCAAUAUAUCAUAGUUCAUAAAAAUUACAAAUUACAUCACAUUAUUCAUACUGUAAGGACAGCAGUCAAUUAAAAUAUUUUCCACACAAAUUUUGAACUGUCUAAUCUCAAGCUCUUUUAUUUCAACUGGUAACUUAUUGUACAUUCUUUUUCCAAACUUAACAAGACUAUUCAACAUAACGUGGUAGUUACACUGAGUCAUUCUGAGUGCUGUAGCCUGUCUAGAAAAAUGACUGUGAACAUUACUAUUGAUUGGAAAAAGGUUUACAUUUUUCUUUGUGUACAUCAAGCAUUCAAAAGCAUACAGUGCUGUAAUUGCCAUGAUUCUUGGUUCUUAAACAAUGAGUCUCACUAUCCUUAUUACAAAUUACUCUAAUAGUUCUAUUUUGUAAUAUAAACAGUUUUCCACAUUUGAAUCUCUCCCCAUGCAACAAUGCCAUAAUUAUGUCAAAUGAGACUGAAUCAAGACUUACAAUAUGCCUAAAUCUGCUAAGUAUAAAAAUACUUCUAGAUACCUGACUACACAGUAAGCUGACAUGUUUUUCCCACUUUGAAUUAUUUUGUAUAAUGUGAUGCCCAGAAACUUCACAUCUAUAUAAUAAGAGAGAGUAGGGUUGUGUUUGUUCGUUUGUUCACAUCAAAACAUGUCAACUUGUGGAUUGCAUACCGGAAAGACGAGAAAGAUUUGGAUCUCCAAAUUUUGCACCUGGAAGCCCAAAUUUCAAUUUUCCUUCUAGAUUCUUCAGAAUAAAUGUUCAAAUUCCAUUAAUGGUACAUACGAUUUCAUAAAAAAUCACCAAAUCAUAAGGUCGAAAUUGAAAAAGGAAGAUCUGUUUCUAUUAUUUCUUUCUACCUGAUACCACUUAAACUCAAUAAUAGAUUAUUGUUUUGAUAAUUGAUAAAUAUUUUUAUUAUAAAUAUAAUAAUAGUUUUGUUUUGAUAAUUAAUGAAUAUUUUAAUUCCACAAAAUCUGUAUAAUAAUAUGGUGGAUGUGAAACAGCUGCAUCAAAGAAAUUAUCUCAAAAACAUCUGUUUAGAAAAAACUUUCCCCCAGUUGCUCGUACGUCGGUUAACGUUUAAUCGCGAUAAAAUGCUAUACUUUAAUUAUUGAGAUUAGCGCUAACCGAUGCAUUUUUGUUGCACAAAAAAGAAAUUUCAAGCGAUAACGCCGAUUAAAUUAAUGACGUAAAAAAUUUUAACAAGCCAUUCACGGGGGAUUAAAUCCAACGCCGAUUAGGUACCUACUGAUAGCUGUCUUCCAAAAUUAGUUUUUGGUAAAAAACUAAAGUAUGAGCUAAAUAUAUAUAUAAAGAUAAAUAAAUAUAAUAUGUGGAUAGGAAAAUUAUGUUUGAUGCAUCAUCACGUGUGAACUACUGGACUGAUUUACUUGAAAUGCUGUUUAUAUAUUCUUAAUCAACCGAUGAUUCUUAUAGUCCUAUUUUCAAUUCUUCUAGAUUUCAUUACGUCAGGUUUUAAAAUAGACCCUUGCGAAGCACGGGUUACCUGCUAGUGUUUAAUAUUACAUCGGCCACUUAAAUCAAAUUCUGACAACUAUGUGUUUUGUCUUUGUUGAGACAAAGAGAGUUUGCAGCUGUCCAGUCUUCGAUAGUUGCAUUGAUAAAAGUUAGGAUAUUCAUGUUGUCAAAUAAUUUCUCAAACUUGACUUGUACUGCUAGAUCAUUAGCAAACAUAAACGCCCUGACAUCACUAUCACUCAUUGCUGUUGGCAGGCAGCACUCAGGACUUACCCGUCCAGCAACGUCAAAUCAUUUUAUGUCAACCUAUCUACAUGUAGAAGAAAAUUAUCUACGGAAACUUAAGAAAACUACCUGUAGACACUAGUUCACAUACCACUGUAAUCUACUUUCUAAUAAAAUUUCUUUCCAAUUCAUCAGUAAAAAUGUCACAUAAAUCCUCUUGAAGGAAAUAAAUCACUGGACUGAACAGCACAUAUUAGCCUACUUCUUAUUACUUAAAGUUUAAUAACCAUUAUUAUAACAAGUAUACGAUUAUGUAAAGCCCAAGAAAAUAUAAUAGGACCUUAUAUUUAUUGUACUCUGUGGUAAAACCGAAGUUAGAGUAUUAUAACUUCUUUUUAUUUGUCUCCACAAAUGUAAAAGUUAAUUUUGAACUUGCAGCAGACGCUUAGGUUUUCCUUGCCGGCAUACCCACAAACAGACUUUUUCAGUCUAUGUGGGCAAUUACUAUUUCAUUAUCAGGGUAUUGGUAUGCUGCACAUUCACCGUAAUAAUACAUUUCCGUAUAAUAUUGAUAGAUAUAUAAUCUAUAAUAAUAAUAGUAUUUAGUAAUAGUAAUAAUGGUUUUAUCAAAGUAAUAGAAUAAUUCCCACUAUUAUGUAUUGCGUUAUUUUAUUUUAAUUUGAAUUUGUUGUAGUUACUAUACCCUGUGCAUGUAUUAUAUCCUAUAAUAUAUUGUAUUAUUUUAUGGGAAUAAAUAAAUUCAAUUCAAUUCAAUUCAAUCCAAUUCAAUUCAGUGGAAAAAAGUGAAAUUUAUUCUGUUCUAUUGUAGUAAAAUACUCAUUUGAUUAAAUUGUAUUGUUAAAUUAAGGUCACUUUCAGAUAUCUGAGAUAUCUUUUGUAAUGUUAUUCUGGCAAAUGAAUUAUUCAAUUGUUUCAAUUGUAUUGUAAAAUUGAGAUUAUUUUUAGAUAUCUUAUGUUAUGUUAUUUUAGCAAAUAAAUUAUUAUUAUUAUAGUCUUCAAUGUUUCUUUCCAUUACAAACUGCUUGUUGAUAAUCACUUUUAAAUAUUCAAAUUGCGACAUAGCAGUCUAUUUUGUUCUAUUGUAAAAUGUAAUGUUAUUUUGGCCCAAGAAAAUAUAAUAGGACCUUAUAUUUAUUGUACUCUGUGGUAAAACCGAAGUUAGAGUAUUAUAACUUCUUUUAAUUUUUCUCCACAAAUGUAAAAGUUAAUUUUGAACUUGCAGCAGACGCUUAGGUUUUCCUUGCCGGCAUACCCACAAACAGACUUUUUUAGUCUAUGUGGGCAAUUACUAUUUCAUCAUCAGGGUAUUGGUAUGCUGCACAUUCACCGUAAUAAUACAUUUCCAUAUAAUAUUGAUAGAUAUAUAAUCUAUAAUAAUAAUAGUAUUUAGUAAUAGUAAUAAUGGUUUUAUCAAAGUAAUAGGGAUAAUUCCCACUAUUAUGUAUUGCGUUAUUUUAUUUUAAUUUGAAUUUGUUGUAGUUACUAUACCCUGUGCAUGUAUUAUAUCCUAUAAUAUAUUGUAUUAUUUUAUGGGAAUAAAUAAAUUCAAUUCAAUUCAAUUCAAUUCAAUCAAUUCAAUUCAAUUCAAUCAAUUCAAUUCAAUUCAUUCAAUUCAAUUCAGUGGCAAAAAGUGAAAUUUAUUCUGUUCUAUUGUAGUAAAAUACUUAUUUGAUUAAAUUGUAUUGUAAAAUUGAGAUUAUUUUUAGAAGUCUUAUGUAAUGUUAUUUUGGCAAAUAAAUUAUUCAAUUGUUUUAGUUGUAUUGUAAAAUUGAUAUUAUUUUUAGAUAUCUUAUGUUAUGUUAUUUUGGCAAAUAAAUUAUUAUUAUAGUCUUCAAUGUUUCUUUCCAUUACAAACUGCUUGUUGAUAAUCACUUUUAAAUAUUCAAAUUGCGACAUAGCAGUCUAUUUUGUUCUAUUGUAAAAUGUAAUGUUAUUUUGGCAAAUAGAUGAUUCAUUGAUUUAAUUGUAUUGUAGAAUUGAGAUUAUUUUUAGAUGUCUUAUGUUGAUUUGAACUUAGUUGAUUUGAUUUGAUUGUAAAACUGAAAUUAUUUUCAGAUUUCUUAUGUAAUGUUGUUUUGGCAAAUAAAUUAUUAUUAUUAGCAUUAUA